UUCUCUACUUGCUCUGCUCUUUCCAUGCGCGCAUAAACCUCAGGUCUGUCCGCUCUCGGCUCGUCUCCACCUCCACCUCCUCCUCCUCCUCCCUCUCCCUGCCUACCCUCGCUAUUCCUCGGUUGUCUGUUUCCUUGAAGUGGGUUCAGGGAAGUGUUGAGGGGGCGGAUAGUUUUGAUUUUCUCUACAUCGUGCUUAGCCAAUAAUGUAGAGGGAACUGUUGUGCACAUCUCAGCUGGCAGCCAUUUAAAAGGGAGACAGUCCGGCGCUGGAGCAAUUUGUAUUAAACCCCCUGGCCCCUGUCUAUGGAGCGGUUAGUCUCCCACCCAUCCACAGUCCCGCCAGCGUACAGUCGACAGCAGUAGGUGCCUAUCACCUUAGAGGACUGACAGGAUCAGAUCAUCGCACUUGUAGCAGUGGAGGCUCGCACAGGAUGGCCAACUCGACGCGUAUCUUCUGCAGUAUGGUUUUCAUCAUUUGGUUGCUAUCAUCUCCCGUGGAUUCCAAAAGAAACCGAGGUUCACAAGGCGCCAUUCCUCAUCCUGACAAAAGCAACCCAAACGAAUCGGAGCAGCAACCGCAGCCUCCGCAGGCGGGCUCCGGGUCCCGGCAGAGGCAGGGCGCAUCUUCACCAGCCGAUGAGGUGCUGGAGUCCAGCCAGGAAGCGUUACAUGUGACCGAGCGCCAGUAUUUGAAACGGGACUGGUGCAAGACGCAGCCCCUUAAGCAGACCAUCCACGAGGAGGGCUGCGUCAGCCGCACCAUCAUCAACCGCUUUUGUUACGGACAGUGCAACUCCUUCUACAUCCCCAGGCACAUCCGCAGAGAGGAGGGAGCCUUCCAGUCCUGUUCGUUUUGUAAGCCGAAGCGUUUCACCACCAUGACUUUUACUUUGAACUGUCCGGACCAGCAGCCACCCACCAAGAAGAAACGCAUCCAGCGCGUCAAACAGUGCCGCUGUAUAUCCAUAGACCUGGACUAAAGACGCACAGAAAUGUGGUGUGAGUGUGUGUGUGUGUAUUUCAUAUUCUUAUUCUUCGCGGACAGGAUUGUUGGUAGAAAAAAGAAAAGAAGAAAGGCUGUCACAUAGCCAAGAACACGUGCCUGUCUGUCUCCAUCCAGGAGGAAGCAUCCAUGAAGGCUUCCUACAUGAAGGCUACAACGAUUCUCUUCUUGCACAUCGUGUGAACAAAUAUGGACAUGCAACAUUUAGAAAGCGACGUUGAACUGCAUUGAACAUUUUACUCCUCACCAGUUUGCCAAGUUUGAAAACAAGCAUCACUGCACGGGAACGCUGACUUGGAAUGGGCACGUUUUUUACGCACGGCUUCCUCUCCUCAUCAGGAGGACUGCAUAACCCCGGUUUAUUUAAAAAAGAAAAGAAAAAGAAAGUCUCUGUUUGAAGCGUUUAUUGUGACAGGAAAACAUCCCUGCCCAAUUUUGUAUUUUUUUUGUGUGCAUAUAUGUUUGUUUAACUGGAUGUUUCCACUGUGUGGAAUUUGACGGACGAGUGGCGAUAUUUGUAAAUGAAAAAAAAAAAAAGAAUGUGAUUUUUAUUUCGAUAUUUCAAGAAUCUUUCAAGGUCAAUUGAUUUCUGUGAAUUUCGAAGUCCAUCAGUAAAGUUUUUUUUUAAUUUUUUGUAAGUUGGCUGCCUACUCAGUUGUAGAGACAAUAGGCUUCUUUGUUAGUUUAAACGGAUGAUGUACAGUGGUGGUUUCUACAGUAUCGAGAUUAAAUAGUUGUAAAAUGUAAAGCCAUCGUUGAUGUAACCGGUUUGUUAUCCCUUUGAUUAAAUUAUCCAUGAAAAACAUCAAAUAAACGGAUAUUGGAAUAUUGUGCAUAUCAUGUGUUACUUUACAGAAAAGAAGGAAACAAAAUGUUAAAUCAUCUUCUCAUCACCUGCUGCUCUCCUCCUGCAUAUGGCAGAUAUAUUCACAUUCAGACCUUCAUCGUAAAAGUGGGCAGUUUUAUGAGAAGAGAUGCGGUUACCUCCCGCAAUAAUCCCUUGGAAUUAUGUCAUUUAACUAUUACAUUUUGCUACAAGGCUCGCAAAUCCUCUGAGAAGGAUGAAUGUGGUGUUUAAGUGCAGAAUUUCAUUACCUGAAGAAGCCGCAAAUGUUUGAGAUGUUUCCUUAAAUUAGAAGACAUAGUGAAUCAACCAUAUA